ACGCGCUUCAUCCUUUGCGAAGUAAUUUCAUUUCUCCGUCUCUCACUUUGAACACUUGUCUCUUAUCUUACUACACCAAAAUGCCUUAAAUUGCUUCAAGACUAACGAUUUUCUGUCCAGGCUGGACAGAUAACGAGGCAGUUAUAAUUGGAUUGCCAUUGGAUUGAUCUUUUUUUUAGUUGUGGAAUAUCUCGCUAGAAAGUGUCUUGCAAUUAAGACAUGCAUUUUAUAACUACAGAUCCGUAUUGAGAAUUUAGUUUGCAUAUAAGAUGUUAUAAAUGUUGGGCACCCCUGAGCGCAGCACUAAAUGGGGAGUCGUUGGGGAGACCGUCGUCCCCAAGCUCUCUCUCAGUGGAGAAUCAGAUUGUCCAUGAUCACUCAGCAUGCAUACCUGGCUUAACCGGACCAACUGUUCUUUCAACUGCAGUUGGGAUGAAAACGCGACAUACUGGGGACUCGAGGCACCAGUCAACAUUUUUCCUAUUCCAAUCUUGAUCGGAGUCACCGUCAGCUGCGUUUUCUUCUUCUUUGUAGGUGUAACAGGAAAUCUCAUGACCAUUUUGGUGGUGACAAAAUACAAGGACAUGCGAACAACCACCAACUUGUACCUGUCCAGCAUGGCCUUUUCGGAUUUACUCAUUUUUCUCUGCAUGCCCCUGGACUUGUACAGAAUCUGGAGGUACCGACCUUGGAAUUUCGGCAAUAUACUUUGUAAACUCUUUCAGUUUGUCAGCGAGUGCUGCACAUACUCCACCAUCCUGAACAUUACUGCUCUCAGUGUGGAGAGGUACUUUGCUAUUUGUUUUCCUCUGAGGGCUAAAGUGGUCGUGACCAAGGGUCGCGUGCGAGGAGUCAUUUUGGUCCUCUGGAUUGUAUCCUUCUUUAGUGCAGCACCUGUAUUUGUGCUCGUCGGUGUUGAGCAUGAAAAUGGGACAAACUCGUGGGACACAAACGAAUGCAAAGCGACGGAAUAUGCCAUUAGGUCUGGGCUUCUAACUAUUAUGGUUUGGGUUUCCAGCAUCUUUUUCUUUUUGCCUGUGUUCUGUUUAACGGUUUUGUAUAGUCUCAUCGGCCGAAAGCUCUGGAAGAGAAAGAGAGACACGAUUGGAGAAAGCGUUUCAAGUCGAGAUAAAAACAACAGACAAACAGUAAAAAUGCUGGUUGUGGUGGUGUUUGCCUUCGUGCUCUGCUGGCUUCCCUUUCACGUUGGACGUUACCUGAUCUCCAAAUCUACAGAGAUGGGCUCUCCUAUCUUAUCUGUCAUUAGCCAGUACUGCAAUCUCAUCUCCUUUGUACUCUUUUACCUAAGCGCAGCGAUCAACCCUAUACUAUACAACAUCAUGUCCAAGAAGUACAGAAUGGCAGCUUGUAAACUUUUCGGACUGCAUAGUAACCCGAGAAGAAGCGCGUCGAUGGUCAAAGGAGAGAGUUCCCCGUGCUGGACAGAGUCCACUGUGAGUUUGUGACUUGACAAGACUACUGUAUGAUUUUCCUUAACAACCAUUUAAGACGUCAAACACAUGGCCUCAAAAGAUCAGGGAGUAUUUUAGAAAAAUUCAUUAUAUGUUUUACAAACAUUUGCUUGUAAAUAGAUGGGUAGUAUCAGAAUGGAUAACUUCAGUUGCCUUAAAUAUCAAUGAAAUCUGGAAGACAAAACUGAGCACUGUAGAUAUACAGCAUCAUCCUACUGCACCCAGCUAGAGGGAUGCAGAGGUAAUGCAUUCAUUUGCCUUCAUUCUGUGCCUGAAUAAUAACAUGCUCAGUGUGUUUAUGUGCUAUGUGUAUGCAUUAUGUCCUGCUUCACAUCAGAAGCAAUAUUAUUACAUAACUAUACUCAAAUGCUUUUGGAAAAAAUGAGAAAAUUGCCUUGGCUCAUUAAAAAGUGCUUUAAAGACAUCAGAAAAAAACAUUAUGUGUCAUUUACUCACAGUCAUUGAGAAAGACACCUUUAAUUUUACACCAUUACAACAAUUGUUGUGGAUCUAAUUGUAAGUUGAGAUAUAUGUUAUGCUCUAUAAGGUGUAUCUGUUGUGGAAACAGCAUGUCUUCUGUAUAAAAAAUGAUGUAUAUAAAUAAACAUAUGUGUGUAUAUUGUAAAAUAUGUAAAUAUACCCAUGUUACACUAGAAUUCUGUUCUGUUUGUAUUUGUAUCUGUCUGUCUAUAUACUAAACAGCACUAUUUUAAUUCAGUAAGGAACUAAAAUAUAUGUACAUACUUUAAUCUAUAUAAAAUGGGGUUUAAAACUGUGAAUUGAUGGCACACAUUUGAGAUAUUGAAGAUAAAUCUUCUUUGAUCCUAAAUCAAUCGAACGACAUCAUUAGAAAUCCUGCAUUUUUAUUUCCACUGUCUAAAUGGUGUUUUAUCGAUGUUCAAGCAAUUUCAGAGAACCCGGGCUAAAGCGAAUCACAGAAGAGAAUGAUAUCAUAAAUCAGACAGCUCUCC